UGGGAACAGAUAGCUACAACAUCAGUUCAAAUGUAAUGGAUACUACUCUACCGAUAUGCAGCAGCUAGCUACAGUAACAAAUAUAUUUGGGUGGAACGGAUCUGAAGAGUGGCUAUAUACACAAUUCCUGGCUCUUAAAAGCGGAAGUAGCUGCAGGUGGGUCGACGCACUUCCGGCAACAGAAAUGCCAAUGGCGGACUCGAAAAACAUACGUGUUUGUAGUGUCCCGCAGUGCUCAUAUAUCCCCCUCGCAUUGAAGAAGUGGGGGCAUGCAAUUAGAAGAGACGUCGAGGAAGCCCAUUCUGUAUAUUUGCAACUUACACUUCAACCCUGGCGACUUCGUCAGACCGCAAGGGUCUGAAGUCGGGGCUGUUCCUAGACGUUUCCAAUGGAACGACUAUCAUCCCGCAACAACGCGGGAAUCUGGAUAUGAAAGGGCAAAGGCUCGUCUUGGAGUUGAUGUUCGAGAAACCGAGAACAGGAGCCGGACACUUAACUGUGACCACGACUAUACGAAACCUCCUCUUGGGAGCCAGUAUACGGUUGCUAUGGAGAUGGCUCCAGAAGACAUAGUGAUUCAGGAGACCGUGGGGGCAGAGGUGGAACUACUGGAGGAUAUGAACAAAGCCCACAAGCAGAGUCCACCGGAGAUCCCCAGGUUUUCUGUGCCACGCCCGUUCUCCAUGCCAGAGGACUCGAGUGACGAUGACUGUGACCUGUCAGGGGACAGCGUCUCUGCUUACGGCAUGCAUUCCAUGGAGCUGGGGGGAAAGUGCUGGGAAUGUGGCGUGCAAUUCAAGUCUGGUCAGGAGUUGAUCGAACACUUUGAGAGCCACGGGUCCAAGGUCUCAACGUCCUGCAACAUCUGUCGGGUGACUUUCAGUCGCACAAUAUCACUGGCUAAGCACCUAGUCAACGCACACCCAAACUCAGUCCUCCAUUGCAGCAACUGCCAGCUGCAUUUCAGCAACUUGUGGGAUCUCAACAAGCACAUAGGAAUACACUUGUUCACUGAGUUGUUAAAUACACCCCUUGGGUACAUCUCAAAUAAUGUCUUGAAUAGCAGUGAAGAGACUUUAAAGGGACAGCAUACUGUUCCUUCAGUUGUGGCUCUUGACCAUGAGGACACCUCAAAUGAUGGCUUGAAUGGAAGUGAGGAGACUUUAAAUGCACAGUGUACUCCACCUUCAGCGGUGACCCUAGACCAUACAUACAGCAUGGAAAGCAAUGGGAGAGUGUCAAAGACAAGACAUAGGCUGGAGGAAUCAGAGGAGGAGGAGGAAGAUGUCAAACCAGACCCCUCCACUCUGACUCCCUCACUGAGGAUCCGUGUCAAACUCGAGAGAGGGGUUGAGGUUGAUUGCGCCCCCCUCCAGUGGGAUGAGGGGAUGAACGAUGGAGAGGGGGGUGAAUAUAGCGAAGACACUGAGAGCGCUGGAGGAGCAGACAACGACAGGUUAACAGAGAGCAGCGGGGAAACUGAUAUCGAUGAGGAGGACAUCAGACUGAGUGAAGAAGAGGAGGAGGAAAUUAAAAGCAAACAGGGAGAGGAUGGGAAUAAUGACAUCCACAGCGAAGAAGAGGACGCUGAGACGCUUAUUGACCAAGAGGGUGAGCCCUCCUCGUCUGAGCGGGAGUCAGAAUUUGACCCAGAAGAGUUAUCGGAUUCUGACUCGAGGUCCAGCAGCACUGGGGAAUCUAGUGGGUCUUCUUACACUCCCGUACGCACACGGAACGCCAAGACCCGGCCAUCCCGGACUAAGCAGCACAAGACCAAGUUGUCCCAAGUCAAGCCUUAUUAUUGCAUCUAUUGUGCCAAAGGACCGUAUCAUAAUAUGGAAUUUCAUGUGAAGACCUGCAAUAUGAAGAAGGACUUUCAAUGCUCUUUAUGCCAAGCAGUCUUCCCUACCGAGAUGGCCAUGUUGGACCAUCAGGUUCGGACUCACUCUGAAGCCAUAUCGGGCCAAAUGUACGCCUGUGAAUUCUGCCGCCAGGUCUUCCCCGAUCUGGCCAUCUACAAAAACCACAACUGUCCCAAAAAAGACACACCCCCGCCAUAUGUUCCUGAUCCCACUACGUGUAUCUAUUGUGGAACAGGGCCAUUCAUUAAUAUGGACGUUCAUUUGAGAGGCUGCAGUUGGAAAGGUCUUACAUGCACUGAGUGCAGGGUACUCUUCCAUAAUAGGAAGGCCCUGCAGAACCAUAACGUUUCAGUUCACGGACAGCUUUCCACUAUGUGUGCGGUUUGCGGCAGAGGGCCAUUCACUGAUAUGGACUUCCAUUUGAGGAGCUGCUCUAGGGAUUGGUCCUUCCAAUGCUCUGAGUGCAAAGUCCAAUUUCCUUCUGAGAAAUCCCUGGUGGACCAUAAUCUUAAAUAUCACAGUGCCACAUUAAAGACCUCUGACCAAGGUGUCUGUGUUUAUUGCGGCUGUGGACCAUUCACUAGUCUGGACAUCCACAUGAGGACCUGCUCUAAGCAGAAGGGCUUAAAAUGCUCUGUGUGCAAAGUUUUUUUUCCUACUGAAUCAGUCCUGGCUGAUCAUAUGGUUUGCUAUCAUAGCACCCCAUACCAUGUCCAUAGAACCCCAUACCAUGUCCAUAGAACCCCAUACCAAGUCCAGAGCAUCCCAUACCAAGUCCAGAGCACGGACUCCGAGACCGCUGAAGGUACCUGUCUCUAUUGUGGCAGAGGUCCAUUCACUAGUCUGGAUAUCCACUUGAGGACCUGCUCUGGGAAGAAGGGCUUCAAAUGCUUUGUUUGCAACGUUUUCUUUCCUACAGAGACAGCCCUGGCCGACCAUAAGGUUCUCUUUCACAGUAUCCCAUCAGAUACCCCUGACAAAGGUACCUGUGACCAUUGUGGCAAGGGGCCAUUCACUAAUCUGGACAACCACAUGAAGACCUGCUCUAAGAGGAAGUGCAUCCAAUGUUCUGUGUGCAAGUUGUUCUUUCCUAGUGAUGUCCUGGCCAACCAUAUGAUUUCCUAUCACAGUACCAAAUCCCGAGUUCAGAGCCCAGUCACAGAGAUGCCUGACAACGGUGCCUGUGUCCGUUGCGGCAGAGGGCCCUUCACUAGUCUGGAACAUCACAUGAAGUACUGCAAUAAGCAGAAGGGUAUCCAAUGCGUUAUGUGUAAAGCUUACUUUCUUACUGAGGGCAGUCUGGUGGACCAUAUUGUUUUAGCUCACGCUGACAAGCUGGUCACCCAAGCUGGUGGGUCCUCCGCUACGACUUUCUCCUUCGUACCCAUGGCUAUCUCUACCACCUCAGGCCAGCAGAGCCCCAGUAGCUCCACCCUGAUGUGUUGCAGUAGUGGCAUUAAGGAGCUGAAACGACUGGUCCCAGUGUCUGAUCAGGGCCAGCUAACACCUGCUGGACAGUCUGUGUCUCUGCCUAGAGUAAUGCUGUCUACCACCUCCUCUUCCCAGCCAGCUGUUCCUGUGGUGGCCACCUUGCUCAUUGACAACACUGGUGGUGGUCCAGCGAAAAUUGCCAGGCUGGUCCCAGUGGCCCCACAGACCAACCCUCCCAAAACGCAGGUCACGGCACCCACGCAGACUAACACAGCAAAGCCCCUUGGGCAGUUCUCUAACCUUCUGCAACAGACUGUCCAUCAGGCUAAAUCUGUCCAACAGCAGACACCCAGGCCCAUUGCCCUAGCCAUGGACCCUAUCAGAUCCCCCACCACCCCAUCCCCUAGAUCUGUCUCAGCCUCUGCCCCGGGGAAAAUCACCAUGAUCCACCUCUCACCUGUCCCCACCCCCCCCCUAGCGCAGUCUUCCCCCUUUACCCUUGCCUUUGCCCCAGCCCCUCUAAGCAUCAUGUGUAUGUUUGUGAAUAGAAGUAAGGAGCUGGCCCUGGAGAAACGCAUGAAGAUGAGCUGGCGCUCCAAGUGCACCUACACCUGCCGCCAGUGCGGCGCCGUCUCGCAGCAGCCCUCGCUCAGUGUGAAGCACCGCUACCUCCACCGGGGCUCCCGGCGGUACCGCUGCCACUGUGGUAGGUCGUUCCUGCGGCGGUUGCACCUCCUGCGCCACUAUCUCCAGCACGCCCAGGCCACCCGCUACAUAUGCACUGCCUGCGGGGAGACCUUCGACGGAGCAAAGUGCCUCGCACAGCACAUGGUUGGAGCUUCCAACACGACUCGAUGUCCAGGUGACAGCAUAACUUUGAAGCUGAGGAAAGCGUGCCGGAUGCCCUUCUCCUGUCACUGUGGGCAGGUGUUUUGUAGGCCCGCUGCUUUUCUCUGGCACAAACUGAAAAACACCCAAAGGACUUAACACUGAAAUGGGCCCACAGCAGGGCCCAGUCUAGGCCCUAUUCAAAGCAGUGGUUUUUCCAUGGCUCACACAGGCAGGCAAGCCUAUCAUUUACUAUGUUACGGGUAGAGGAGGACAAUGCAGUUUGUGGACUUGCUUGACUUUUUUCACUGAAUGAAAGAUGAUUCCUUAAGAAAUAAUCUAUGUAUGUAUUGGUUUAAAAUGUGUUUUCACUUCCACUAAAACAUUGUUUUCACCAAAAGAGCAAAAAUACAAUCAUAUUAAAAUUAUAUAUUUUA